AUGCAUAUACCACCCAGCCACCCCGUCGCUGCAGGCCCAGCGACAGCACUACAGAACUUAAUACCAACACCCACACCCACACCCUACGCCGCGCUAUCAUGGAUAUCGAAAGACGCCCACGGAGGCGGAGGAGGAGGCGGCGGAUACACAGAGAACUGGAGCAGUCUAAUCGGCAUCAUCACCGCCAUAAUAGGCAACGUGCUCAUCUCGUUUGCGCUUAACAUGCAGCGAUACGCGCACAUACGGUUAGAUCGCGAAUUCCACGAGAAAGAACGGCAGAGGAAGAGGCGGAAGGCGGGGAUGCACGAUGCGGGGAGAUUGGCAGAGGAGGUGCAGAAGAUGGGGUUGAGGAGCAGGAGGAGCGAGGGCAUGGUUGAACAUAGGAGGAGGAGUAAUGGCGAGGAAGACGAUAUCUUUGAGGCCUCGGAGAGCGAUCCGUUGAUACCACGGGAUACGAGACCGGCUGUGGGAAGAGAAGAUAGCGCUGAGUCGGGCAAGCAGGAGGUGUUCAAGCAGACGUCGUAUCUCAAAUCGCCGUAUUGGUGGUUCGGCAUCAUCCUCAUGACAAUCGGCGAAGCGGGGAACUUCCUCGCCUACGGGUUCGCGCCUGCGUCUAUCGUUUCCCCGCUCGGCGUUGUUGCGCUCAUCUCGAAUUGCAUCAUCGCGCCGUUUAUGCUCAAGGAGCCUUUCCGCAAGAGAGAUGCGUUGGGUGUUGUUAUUGCUGUUGGGGGCGCGGUCACCGUUGUACUUUCGGCGAAUGACAAUAAUCCCAAGUUGGGUCCGGGAGAGAUCUGGGAUUUGAUCAGAAGAUGGGAGUUUGAGACGUAUUUGGGGAUUACGGUGGGGGUUAUUGCGAUGCUGAUGGUUGCGAGUAAUCGGUAUGGGGAGAAGAAUAUUUUGAUUGAUUUGGGACUUGUGGGGUUAUUUGGCGGAUACACAGCGUUGUCUACGAAAGGUGUUGCUUCGCUGCUUUCAUACACGCUUUGGCGCGCCAUCACCUUCCCAGUCUUUUAUCUACUGGUUGCCAUCCUCGUCGGCACAGCAGUAAUGCAGAUCAAAUACGUCAACCGAGCUCUCCAGCGCUUCGACGCGACGCAGGUCAUCCCCGUCCAAUUCGUCCUCUUCACUCUUUCCGUCAUCGGCGGCUCAGCAGUCCUCUACCGCGACUUCGAGCGCACCUCAGGAGAAGACGCUGGAAAAUUCGUCGGCGGAUGCGCCCUAACCUUCUUCGGCGUCUGGCUCAUCACCAGCGGCCGCCCAUCAAACCAUGACGAUUCCGACUCCGACCACGACCCAGAACCCGAAGACGCCAUCCAUCUAGCCGGCGAAACCUACACAGACGUUAUCAACGAGCCCAGCGAAGAAGUCACUGGAAGUACACGCCGUUCCUCAACAACACGAGCCCUCUCCCCACCCGCAUCCGUCCAACGCCGCUACCAAGACGACACCGAAGAAGACACCCGCCCCUCAACCCCAAACAUCACAUUCACCCCCACCACCGAUCCCUCCACCCCACCAAACCCCACCCGCCCCGCCACCGCCGACAUAAUCUCCUCCCUCGUCGCAAACCCCUGGUCCCACCCCAACGAACCCACCCACCGCACCCCACCCCUAAACCGGCACACAUCCACCCCCGUCCUCCCCUCUGAAGCCGCACCCGCGCCCUUAGUCUCAGUCUCCGACACGCAUCUCCCACCGCCCAGCACGCCUACGCGCGGGAAAUCGUCGAAUGAAGUCCCCACGACGCCGGGAUCGGGUAUGGGGCUCAGGAGAUUGAGAACGAGUGAUAGGGUUCAAAGUGCGAGGAAUAGUAUUGCGGGGGGUCCGCUGCUAGCGAGUCCACUGAGUACGAGUCUGAGUACUAUGGUUCAGGAUUUGAAGAGGGGGAGUGGUGUUAGGAGGAGGGAGAGUUUGCUUGCGUUGGCUGCGAGGGAUAGAGAUGUUAGAGAUGGAGAGGAUGGUAUGAUGGGUGCGGGAUUGGUUGUUGGUGAGCCGUUGAGUAGAAGACGGACGAGGGAUAGUGCUAAUGGUGAGGAUGGUGCAGGUGGUAAUGCUGGGGCGAGGACGCCGGGUGGUGGGAGGAGAGUGGGUAGAGGAAGGAGUUUGAGUGCGCUUAGUACGCUGAGUGGGCUUUGGAGGGGGAUUAGGGGACAGGGGAGUCGGGAGGAUAUGAGGGCUGAGGAGGGAAGACGGGAGAGUGAGGUGGAGAGGUGA